ACUGUCGGAGGAAUAAAUCUAUAAUAUGAAAGAGGCGGGGAAUUAAUUUGUAUACAGGUGGGGGUAGGGGGGUGUCGCUCCGCCCCGCGUCGGGCGCGCCAUCUCAGUGCCGGGUAACCGAGCCAUGAGAGCACACUUUCGGUUACGCGAUGUGUGAUGUAUCAAAAAUAUUUGACUAAGUGACAGUGACUUAAAGAGUUUUGGUGUUGAUUGUACAUAUUAUUAUGACUGUUAAGAAUGCGCGCCCUCGUUUGUAGUGUUGUCGAUUGUCGAUAGUCAAGAUAUCGAGUGCAAAUCGGACCAUGGUUUUGGAAGGCGGGCUGCCGGCGCCCUUGCAAUUGUAUGCGGCGGCGGCGGCGGGCCUCGCGCCGAGGCCGGCCUGGCCCCCUUUCUUACCUUUCUUUGGAGUUCCACCCCCAUUUUUAACCCGUCCGAGGCUUCCUCACCCGUUGCCAACCAGAGCACCCCAUGGGCCUCCGAGUGAGGAUUCUAAUGAAGAUGGAGGAAGCAGUAAAGGUGGCCUUGGAGAUGACGACGGUGACAGCGGUAAGAGAAGAAGAUCUAGGACGAAUUUCAACUCUUGGCAGUUGGAAGAGCUGGAGAGGGCGUUCCUCGCGUCGCACUACCCUGAUGUGUUCAUGAGGGAAGCACUGGCGAUGCGGUUAGACCUGAAAGAAAGUAGAGUUGCGGUAUGGUUCCAGAACCGUCGAGCAAAAUGGCGUAAAAAGGAACACACGAAGAAAGGCCCCGGACGACCUGCGCACAACGCUCACCCACAGAGCUGCUCCGGAGAGCCCAUCCCACCACACGAGCUCAGAGCGCGCGAGAGGGCGAGAAGAAGAAAGAAAUUGGCAAAGGCACUUGAACGACAAGCGAGGAAGCUACGAGCGAAAGGCAUAGCAGUGGACCUUGAGGCUCUGAAGGCGGAGUACCUAGCACAGCAUAGAAACAGCGGACUUUACUCUGAUUCAGACGGAGAAAUAGAUGGAGAAGAAUGUAUGAUAGAUGUAGUUGGGGGUGAUUCUGAAUCUGGGCCCGAAGACUUCUCCCUAUCUGGAAGACUCCGUGCACCUUCAGGGACCGAUGCAAUCAACAAUUCCGACAGUUCAACGUCAGAUGCACAUUCUGCAAGAAAUUUCAGCCCCUUACCAGAACCGCAAUCGUCCUUCUUCAAGCAAUUUAGUACAGCAGCAGCAAACUUCGACAAAUUCGACUUUGACUCAGGCAGAGCGGUCUCCUUAGACCUGAGUGGAAGUUCCAACACGGAGCAAGACCUGUCCAAAAACGGGGGAACAAGAAAAUACAAUCCUUUCAGUAUAGAUUCACUACUUAACACGUGAAAGUGACUUUUGUAGAAUUAAGGAGGUCGCACAUAUCCGCAAGACUCGCAGAAGACGCAUGAUGUGUCAGAGUUUACUGAGAAAAAUUAGGAGAAUAUUUCGGUUUCGAAAAUUCGAGGGAUAGAUCACGUCAGUUCCGACGUCUACAAACAUCAUCAGCAUUUCUCUGAUGCGUUGAACCGCAUCGAAGAAAUGAAUGACCGCAUUGCUUUCGUAUCUUUGACGGCACUGCGCCUCCUGCAGGUCUUAUGGUAUGGGUCAUUAGCUCUUGGUAUGCGAUACCUUUAGAUUAUUCCUAUAGAGGCUCCCGGAUCUAAUUUUCUCACAGACUCGAAUACCCGACUGGCAUUUCGUGAAAAUGUUCCUUUGGACUGGACAUCCAUUGGCUACUAUUGCGUGAGCGAUCGCUUCUUUAGCGACUCAUUUUCAAUGAGAAACCGUGAGUGUUGGCAAUUGACAUCCUUAUGUAGUCGGCAUCCAGUUUAUUCGCACGGACGUUUUUAUUCAACCUGUCUUAUACGAACCGCUAAGGUGUGAAAUGCCCUUCCAGUGUCCAUAUUUCUUGUUAAGAGUGAAUAGACAUCUUCUAGGCAAGCACGCUUAAACUUAGAUCUCAUCACUGCUUUCCAUAAAGCAUAAUAAUUGGCAUCAAACUCAAGCCUAUAUCUUGCAAAAAAGUUGAGCAACUGAUUUUCAGCAUUUUAUGCUUAAUCGAUAUGCUCGGGUGGCUUAGACAUUCGAAUGGAAGCAUUUAACCAUGUCAUAGCUGCAUAAAGAAGCUUUUAACUUCUUCUUCAGACCCUAAAGCUGCCAGAGAGGCUAGACGCUCACCCAAUAGUAGCCAAUUUACGCCCAGCCAUACCUACUUUAUAUAAUAAUUGAAUUAUAAUAAGUUGUAAUCAGCUUCGGUAAUAAGACUUAAUAGGUACCAGUUUACAUAUCCCUUUGUGAAUAUUAGAUAGGAUUUGUAUUAUAUAGAUAGUAGUGUAAAUAGUAAUGAUGUAUAUUUAUAUUUAUUUUCAUCUUGUUAAUAUUUUUUUUUAAUUGUGGGGCAAUAACAUAAAAAUUAAAUAUUCGUUGAUCUUUUUUCUAUUUUAUUUCGUGGUCUGUAACAUUUUUCUUGUUGAAACCUAGAAUGUAGGUAUGAAACACUUGUAUAUUAUUUUAAAUACCGACUAUCUUCUGAUUCGUAUCUUAUCGAUGUUUAUUUAUCUACUACUA